UGCGACGGCCUCGUUCCGAACCCUCCAGCUACUACAGCAGCGAGAGCCCGAAAGAUUACCCAGCACCCAAAAAACACAAACUGAACCCCGAAUAUUUCUCCACGAGGCAGGAGAAGCUCCUGUCCACCGCCUUGAGCUUGGAGCAACCGAGCGGCCGGAAGCCCAUCUCCGGCGCCAAACCCUCUCUCCUCGAGACAAUCAACCCCCGGCACGGAGGCGCGGAUUACACCCGGGAUCUGGUCCCCGAUCUGGCUGGCUACCGCAGCUCCAAAUGGCGGCCGAAGGAGACCUACCUGGGCGUACAGGUGACGGGUAGCCCGAAAGGGCUGGCGGCGGUAGGCAAGGACUCCGGAGCCCCACGGUUACACCCGCGGGAACAGCUGAACGUCGUGAUGAUGGCAGACAGGGAGGUAUCCGACGUGGAGUUACUGUCCUUCCGGGAUGGCGCCGAAGGGGAAAACUGCCUGCAUAACAUGGAUGAUCUGCAGGUCACCAUGAUGACCCUGGCUGAGCACAUAAUCGAAGCCACCCCGGAAAGGAUCAAACAGGAGAAUUUCGUGCUGGCCGAGGAAGCAUCCCAGACGGACAGGACGGACAAUGUCGCCAUCAGCACCUCCAUGAGCUGGCUGGCCAGUUACCUGGCCGACGUGGAACGCUUGCCCAGUGCUGCUCAGAUAAGAAGUCUGUACGGCGGGUGCCUGACCCCCUCGCCCCACACCAGCCGCAGCCCCUCCGGCUCGCCAGUCGAUGCCACGGCUUUUGAGAAGCCCAGGCUCCCUUCGGCGACAGACUGGUCCGAAUUCCUAAGCGCCUCCGCGGGGGACAAGGUGGAAAACGAGUUUGCACAGCUGACCCUCUCCGACCACGAGCAACGGGAGCUCUACGAAGCCGCCAAGCUGGUCCAGACCGUCUUCAGGAAAUACAAGGAGCAGCCUCCUCACCAAGAAACAGGACCAAGCUGCUCGCAAAAUCAUGAGAUUCUUACAGCGUUGUCGCCACAG